AUGUUUCAUUCUAAUACCCAUGUCAAUGGUUUCUACAACUUCCUCGCUCAAGGCCUCGACAAUCUUGACAACUCUUUUGCCUCACAGAACUUCAUGUCUGUUGAGUUUCUUCAACAUGUUCUCUCUUGUCUCCAAUCUUUUCAUUCCCAACUAUGCAUCUUAGUUCAACAACUUCACCUUCCGCGAGGCGGAAAAUGGCUUAAUGAGUACAUGGACGAAACCUCCAGGCUUUGGGUUGUUUGUCGUGUUGUUAAAUCAGCUCUCUCUCGCAUGGAAACUUUUUACACAAGGGGUCCAAAUAUUGCCACCACUCUUCAUGAUCGGCAUUAUUUAAAUUAUCAACUUUCACGCCAGGUUUUUCAAGCAAUUGCGGAAUGUCAAAGCACCGCUAGCCUUCUCGUGCAGGGUAAUAGGGUGCUAAUGUAUGUCAGAAUCCGACAAUUAUCAUUGAGAUUUUAUAAAAGUGUAUCGAUAGACCCAAAGUUCAAUGCUUUGCAUGGUUUCGAGGGAGUUCUGUAUGCGAUGAGAAAUGUUAACUCAUUGCUUGUUAUGAUAUUACUGAGUGGACUAUUAUAUUUUUGCCCUGAAACUAGUUUUUCUACUGAAGAAGGGAAUGCUCAUGGCCACGGGGAUUCUGGUUCAGAUUUUAUGGUUUCUGCAUCAAAACUGCACAAAAGAUUGAAAUCUGCAAUUGAUGAACGUCGAGGUCAAGGAUCUGACAUGCUUCUUUAUGAAUUCUUGAGGGCGAAUAACACCUUAAAAGAGGUGGAAAUUAAGUUGAGGAGAAAUAUGGAUAUCUACAAAGACAUUAGAGUUGAUGAUAUCAAUGACAUGGCCAAGAACUUGAAAAGUUGCUUUGAGGUUUUGCAACGCGGAGCUGAGAACUUUAUUGUGCAGAUUGAUGAUUUCUUUGAUGAGAUAAUUGAAGGGAGGAAAAAGCUUCUAGACAUGUGUAGUCAAUAG